GAGAGACUGAGAGAGAGAGUGUCACCUGCAGAGAGGGAGCGAGAGGCCCGAAAAGCGACUGAGCUUGGAAAAGCACAGCCUGAGUCGGAGGCUCACACACUCACUCUUGAAGGAGGAUAAACACACACACUCACUCACUCACAAGUCUGUUGUUCCUUACUCCAGAGGGUCAGAGAGGUCCCUGGAGUGUGUGUGUGUGUCUGCCUGUGUGUAUAAGUGGAAAGGGUGUGUGUGUGUUUGUGUGUGUUGAUGAGUGUGUGGGUGUCUCACGUCAAUUUUGAUGGGACACUGAGAGAUGUGUGUGUUACAGUUUCGGUGGGCGGGCUAUAGGGGGCCAUGCUCCCCUGCCCUCCUCCUCCUCCUCCUCCUCAUACCCCUCUCCUUCCUCUCCUCUACUCCUCCAUUUGCUCAGGGAGCCAUCCACAUCCCCAAGAACUACAAAGUGCAUAACAUCUCACAGCCUCCAGUGUUGACGGAGAUGCCAGCAUCAUACACAGCCUUUUCUCGAGACGACAUCAAUCUGACCUGUGAGGCCACCGGCAACCCAACACCCAUGUUCCGCUGGGUGAAGGAUGGGAAUGAGUUUGGUUCAGAGCGCACGGGGUCUGGCUCGUUACGGGCAGAGGAGGACGAGCCUCUCAGCACUUACCAAGGCACAUACCGCUGCUAUGCCUCCAACAACCUUGGAACCGCCAUGACACACGCUGUACAACUCAUCAUCGAGCCUCAACCGAUUCUCCCAAAACAGAGAAGAAUACAUAAGAAAGCUGAGGAGGGAGAAAGCAUGAUUCUACCCUGCAACCCUCCUAAAAGCUCGAUCCGCCCCAACAUUCACUGGAUGGACAGCGAGAUGUUCCACAUCACAAGGAAUGACAGAGUUGUAAAGGGUCUCGAUGGGAACCUGUACUUUGCUAACAUUCUCAAGAGUGACAGCAGAGACGACUACACCUGCCACGCCCAGUAUCCAGACGCCAGGACCAUUCUGCCUAACGAGCCGGUUACCCUCACAGUCAUAUCCAGUAAUGAUGUAGUCAGCAAUAGAAAACCCCACCUUUUCCAUCCCUCUGGUCUUCAUUCCUCUGUGCUGACUGUCAGGGGCAACAGCCUGACCCUUGAGUGUAUCCCCAGAGGCCUACCCACUCCGACUGUGGAAUGGAGGAAGAAGGAUGGCAACAUCAAAGACACAGGUGCGCAGCUGAAGAACUUUAACCGCUGGCUUCACUUCAGAAGCAUCAGCCAGGAGGACGACGGGGAGUAUGAGUGUAAAGCCAGCAACAGCCAGGGCUCCGCCGUGCACUCCUUUACCGUCACAGUGGAAGCAAAGCCGUAUUGGGUAAAGGAGCCGCAGAGCCUGCUGUACGCCCCCGGAGAGACGGUUCGUCUUGACUGCCAGGCGGAGGGCAUCCCAACCCCAACCAUCACCUGGAGCAUCAAUGGUCUGCACCUCACAGAAGUGGAUAAGGACCCUCGUCGCACUGUCUCAGGUGGUGUGUUGAUACUGAGGGAUGUUGAAUUUGCUGACACUGCUGUGUACCAGUGUGAGGCCUUCAACAAACAUGGCAGCAUCCUCACCAACACUUACAUCUAUGUCAUCGAGCUCCCUCCACAGAUCCUGUCCUCUGAUGGGGUGGUGUAUCAGGUCAUUGAGGGUAGAAACGCCAGCCUAGACUGUGAAACCUUCGGCUCCCCACGACCACACGUCACAUGGGAGGGUGAUGGGAUGCUUCCCCUGCUGUCGGACUCUCGCGUCUCCCUGCUGACCAAUGGGACGAUAGAGCUGUCCAACGUCGGUCAUGAUGACAGCGGGACAUAUACCUGUUCUAUCAGACAUACCAAUAUCUCCAUUAUGGCUCACCUGGAGGUCCUCAACCGAACGGUGAUACUGAACGGCCCCCAGCAUGUGCGGACACUCAACGGAACCAGCGCUUUGCUGGACUGUCACUUCUACAAAGACCCUCGGCUGCUCGACCCCCAGAUUGUUUGGAAGAGAGACGGUGCCAAAAUCCUUGAAUCAUCACCAGAUGACAAGUACAUUAUCUUUGAGAACGCCACCCUGAAAUUGACAUAUGUCCAAUUAGAAGAUACUGGGAAUUAUUCCUGUGAGGUGAUCACUUCCAAGGAUCAUGUAGCAGCCACCGGCUCCAUCACGGUUGUCGCACGGCCGGACCCUCCCCACUCUCUGACUCUGUCUGAUGUUCAGGACCGCAGCCUCACCCUCAGCUGGAAGCCGGGACGCUCACACAACAGCCACAUCACUGAGUUCAUUGUGGAGGCGAGGGAGGAGCAGCACACCCCGGAGAGGAAGUGGAGGUGGGAGGAGUGGAAGUGGGUUUCUGGAGACAUCAAUCACCUCGAGUUGAUGCUCCAGCCCUACUCCACCUACCGCUUCCGGGUCAUCGGGGUCAACGAAGCGGGCCGCAGUGAGCCCAGCCAGCACUCGGAGGCCCACACCACGCCACCUGCUGUUCCUGACGGUAACCCCACCGGUGUGCAUAGUGAUUCCACAGAUCCGGGGUUUCUGGUCAUCUCCUGGGAUGAGAUGGACAGGCUCACGCAUAACGCUCCAGGCUUUGAGUACAAGGUGUCAUGGCGGCAGGCAGAGGGAAGUAAUCAGUUCUGGUCCCACGGCACCACUAAGGGUCCACCUUUUGUGGUGAACGGGACAGGAACCUACACACCAUUUGAGAUCAAGGUCCAAGCUGUCAACUCACUGGGAGAAGGUCCUGCCCCUGUCCCUGAGAUUGGACACUCUGGAGAGGACACCCCUCUGGAGGCACCUGGUGAUGUGACGGUAAAGGUGAUCAACAGCACAGCCAGCGUGAGGUGGGAAACACCCCAGGGAGUCCGAGGACUGCUGCUAGGAUACAGGCUCUACAUCAAGCGGCUGGGGUCCCAGAGCGGCCGGGGCCGCAGAGCCCUCGGUCACAUGCACCACAGAGCGGAGAGGGAGAGAGAUGGAGGAGUGGAGCAUGGGAUGGGGAAGGAGCAGGAGAACAGGGUGGUGGAGGUUGGCAGCAUGAAGAACUCGGAGGAAGUCACAGGGCUGCGACUCUACUCGCGCUACGAGCUGUCCGUCACCGCUUUCAACAGCAAAGGGGAGGGUCCUCAUUCCCCGCCAUACCACUUCAGCACACCAGAGGGAGCCCCCGGCCCUCCUGCGUCCCUGAGGUUGGACAGCCCAUCGGAGACAUCAAUAACUCUCUACUGGACUCCACCGAUCCACACCAACGGAGUUCUGCUGGGAUACUUUGUGCAGUUCAAGCAGGAUAUGGAGGGCAGCACGGUAGAGGUGGAGGAGAUAAUGGAUCCCAGCUUGACUCACCAUGUGUGGGAUGGCCUGGAUCCUCACAGCAGCUACAUCUUCACAGUGACGGCCCGCACCGCUGCCGGGGAGGGACCUCCCAUCACACGCAAGGGUACCACCCUGCUAGACGGAGUUCCUCCAACCAACAUCUCCUGUCAAGAAGGAGAAACAUAUUUCAACUUGAGCUGGGUCCCAGGAGAACGACACAGGAACCAUGGCUUCCAGUUCCGCUACCUGAAGAUGAACGGUGAGGGGACGAUGGAGGGGCGAGACGGAGGGGAGAAAGAUAACUGGGUGGAGUCGGAGAUGGUGAACUCUACUCAGGGUUUCUACUCGCUGGCAGGCCUCCAACCAGGAACUAAGUACUGGCUUACCAUCAUGCACAGGAACUACACUCACUGGAAGGAACAGGUCAAGACCAAAGGACCAGAGCUGUCAGAGGUGGCCGGUGGGUUUGCCACCCAAGGCUGGUUCAUCGGACUCAUCAGCGCCAUCGUGCUGCUGAUGCUCAUACUGCUCAUCCUCUGCUUCAUCAAGCGCAGCAAAGGAGGCAAAUAUGCAGUGAAGGACAAGGAAGACGGUCAGGUGGACUCUGAAGCCCGACCGAUGAAAGAUGAGACCUUUGGCGAGUACAGAUCCCUGGAGAGUGAUGGAGACGAGAAGCGCUCGAUUAGCCAGCCGUCUCUGUGUGUGGGCAGUAAGCUGGGGAGCGAUGACUCCCUGGCCGAGUACGGCAACAGUGUGGACAUCCAGUUCAACGAGGACGGCUCCUUCAUUGGCCAGUACAGCGGCCGGGAGCCCGUUCACCAUGGCAACGAGAGCUCCGGUCCCGCCUCCCCCGUCAACCCAGUCCCACCUCCUCCCAUCGCUCCAUCCAUGUCAACCUUCCUGGACCGGCCCAGCUAGACACACACACACACACACACACACACACACACAAACAUACAUAUGCACACACACACAAACACACACACAUGCGUCUGACUGCCUGCAACAAGACACAAAGGGACAGACCACUCAUAAGACCUGACUCCACUGCCCGUGAUACCAAAACAGUUUGAGAACACACAUACACACACACACACACACACACACACACACACACACACACACACACUGAUGGUUCAGUACAUUCCACAGGUUUAUGAAGUAAAGUUGUUUACAGGAAGUCUCGCCUUUUCUACUCCGAGUUUAUUCACUCUCACACACACACAGACACACACAGACACACACACAGACACACACAUAUACAUCAAACAGUAAAGCUGAUACUCCUUCACCCUUCUAUAAAAGAGAGAGAGACAGAGGAGGGAGAGGACAGGAGAGGAAGAUGAUGGGUGAUGUGAUGAAGGGUAAAGUGGGAGUUGUUUCAUCUUGUCUGUGACCAAAUUUUUCUCCCCUGCAUUAUUUCAGCUCAAACACUCACUUUAUUUUCAUUCUGUUACAGCAUUUUAAAGCCUUAUUCAUUUUUAUAUGCUU